AUGGUUACACAUGCCCACGGUAAUGGCUACAAGUGCCCACUCUGCCGUAAGGAGGUUGUCGUUAAUAAUUAUGAUGAUAUCGUCGUGGAUAAUAAACUGAAGUCAACCAUCCAAGAUUUGGGCCUUUAUGAUGAGUCCGGGAGGUCUUCAUUCCGAUCCAGUAGAAGCAGCACGCCUCUCCAAGAGAGGUUUAAUAGAGAGUUCUUCGAGGAUGAGACUUUCUAG